UUUCCUUCCUUCCAGGAAUCUCUCACUAAACGCGCCUUCAACCCUUCUUCCUCCUCCUCUAUAUAUACUCUCUUCCAUGAUCCCAACUCCGCCCCUCCCUCUAGCCUCCAUUCUCUUCAACCCUGAUUUUAUCAUGUGGGUUUCCUUCUUCGUCACCUUUCUUUCAAAUCCUUUUCCUUUUUCAUCUAGAUUUUCUCGGCCUUGCAAAUGAUUCUGGUUUAGAUUUUCAUUAACCAUAUUCUUUUCAACUGAAUUAACCCAUUUGUUCCUUUUUUUUGGGGGGUUCCCAUAUUUAAGAAAUGGCCAUUCCUUAUCCUCAUUUCAGUUUUGUUGCCUCAGAAUCCAUGGAGACAGGCUUGUCCCCUCUGUCUCCAUCCCCAGUAAUACUUACCCAAGAUGAGCUUAAGAAAAUCGCUGCCUAUAAAGCCGUUGAGUAUGUUGAAUCCGGCAUGGUUAUCGGCCUCGGCACUGGCUCGACAGCCAAGCAUGCUGUGGACCGAAUUGGUGAGCUUUUGCGCCAAGGCAAGCUCAAGAAUAUUAUCGGCAUACCCACCUCAAAAAAGACCCAUGAACAAGCUCUUUCUUUGGGAAUCCCCUUAUCAGACCUUGACUCCUAUCCGAUUAUCGAUCUCGCAAUUGAUGGGGCCGAUGAGGUUGAUCCCAAUCUCAAUUUAGUGAAAGGCCGAGGUGGGUCUUUGUUGAGGGAGAAAAUGAUAGAGGGUGCUUGCAAGAAGUUCGUUGUAAUUGUUGAUGAGUCCAAAAUGGUGAAAUAUAUUGGGGGUAGCGGAUUAGCUAUGCCUGUUGAAAUUGUGCCAUUUUGUUGGAAAUUCACUGCCAAGAAGUUGCAAGAGUUGUUUGGGUACGCAGGAUGUGCGGCCAAGCUGAGGACCAAGGGUUCUAACGGCAAGGAGAAUGCUGGGGAGCCUUUUGUUACUGAUAAUGGGAAUUAUAUUGUGGAUUUGUACUUCAAGAGAGAUAUUGGGGACUUGAAAGCUGCAAGUGAUGCAAUUUUGAGGCUGGCAGGCGUUGUUGAGCAUGGCAUGUUUCUUGAUAUGGCAACUACAGUCAUUGUUGCAGGGGAACUUGGGGUGACCAUAAAGAAUAAGCAUAUGUAGUUCUCCGGAUGUUGAUGGAGAUGGAAGUGGUUUUGUUGGAUUGAUAUAUUUAGGAAUUAGUUUAAAAUUUCUAAUGAUUCCUGAUUAAAUUGGGGAAAUGAGUGGUGGUCAUUAUUUUGAGAGGGAAGGGAUUUUUUAGUUUCUCAGCAUCAAAUUUAUAUAUUAUAUGAUUUAUGAGGAAAGUUUCCUCAAUUUAUGGCACUAGGCAUCAAGGUGAAAUUCUGAAUUUACUAGAAAAAAUAGUUUUCGUGGCAGGUUAGUGAUCAUACUUAUGUAUGUUAGCUGCAGCUGGAAUGACAAUUUAUUCAAUAUAAAACUUGCCUCAUUGUUACUUAAAA